UUUUCUCCAAAAAGAUUUAUAUUGCACAGAGGAAGGUUGUGUUUGUACAAUAUAUUGCUAUACUUCAUAGUUUCGCUACCUACUUAUUCGGUUCUUACUGUGUUUUAAAUUUUAUGCAUGAUUGUUGUAAAACAUAGCGCAAAUAAGUACGUAUUUUUGUGAAACAUGUGUAACAUAAUCAUCGAAGAUAAUAUUUUUUAAAUUAUUAAAGAAUCUUAUGAACAAAUUCGGUAGCUGACAAAUGCAAGAUGCUUUAUUUAAACAUUUUGAAACAAUCUACGAUUGUUCACUUAUGUUUUGCUAUAUCAUACUUCACAUCAGGCUUAAUAUUAAGUCUUAUUCAAGCCAUUUUAUUCUUUAGCUUAAAGCCAUUCAACAAAACAUUGUACAGGAAAAUAAAUUAUUAUCUUUCAUACUCAUUUUACUGUCAAUUAGUGUUUAUGUCAGAAUGGUGGUCGGGUACAAAAUUGUCUAUUUAUGUCAAGAAAGAUGAAUAUGAUAAGUACUAUGGGAAAGAACAUGGGUAUCUUAUAAUGAAUCAUAGUUAUGAAGUGGACUGGCUUAUGGGAUGGCACUUCUGUGAUGGGAUACAAGUUUUAGGCAACUGUAAAGCCUAUGCUAAAAAGUCCAUACAGUACUUGCCGCCUAUAGGUUGGAUAUGGAAAUUUUCGGAAUUUGUAUUUCUAGAAAGAUCGUUCGAUAAAGAUAAGGAAAUAAUAAAAACUCAGAUAUCAGAAAUUUGUGACUAUCCGGAUCCAGUUUGGCUACUGUUGACGCCGGAAGGGACACGGUUCACGGCUAAAAAACAUGAAGCUUCACUUAAAUUUGCCAAAGAAAAGAACUUACCUCUUCUCAAACAUCACUUGACGCCCCGCACCAGAGGUUUCACGACCAGCUUAGAGUACUUUAGAGGCAAGAUACCAGCCAUCUAUAACAUACAGCUAGCCUUUGAAAAGGAUAGCAAAGUUCCACCAACAUUAACAAGCAUGUUAUAUGGCAAGCCGGUUCAUGCGCAUUUGUAUAUCGAGAGACUACCCGUCGAGAAUAUACCGAAAGACGAGGCCGAGGCAGCUAAGUGGCUACACGACAUUUUCGUUAUAAAGGAUAAAAUGCAAGAUUCAUUCGUCAAUACAGGCGAUUUCUUCCUCGAAUCUGGGGUGGAGAGAGUGGAGUCGUUCCAACGGCCUAAACGUAUUUAUUCACUCGUAAACACUCUGGGAUGGGCCGCCAUAACUCUCACCCCGAUGCUCUACUACCUCCUCGGCCUUCUAUUUAGUGGAAAACUACUCUAUUUUUCAAUCGGCGGUGCGAUUCUCGCGGCAUUUUACAUUCUACUUCAAAAGUCUAUAGGAAUGUCCAAAAUUAGCCAAGGAUCUUCAUAUGGAACGGAAAAAAAGUAAUAAUUAAAUAUUAUUUUUUAAUGAAAUUACAUGCAAAAAAUUAUAGAUAACUAAAGUAAGAAAAACAGUAUUGUAAUUUUUUUUUAAUAAAAUUGUGUUUUGUUUAUUUUACGAAAUGUAACUAACUGAAGGACUUAGAAUUUCGAGGCGAUUGUAAUAAUUAUUUUGACUACAUAUUGAGAUAAUUAUAUUUUUAAAAAGAAGUAUUUAUCUAAAUUAAACAUUGCUAGAUUUUACAAUGACGGUAUCAAAACGUUUUUAUUACUUGAAAUUUUUGUUUUAUUUCAAAACGUAUAAGUAAUUGAGUACUUCAUUUUAAUCUGUUGCUGUACUUAUAAAAAAAACAUUCAAUUUAGAAAGCCUUAUAAUUUAUGUAAUUGUUUUAUUUGGUCAAAUAUUUGACUAUAUUUUAUUUACAUAGAAAUAUUCGAUGAAGUGAGACUCUUUAGUUGAAUUAAUUAUGUCGUAUUUGUAAAUGGAACAUAACAUCUUCGAUUUCGUGGUGACCCACUUAUUGACGGUGUAAGUAAUGACUUAUAUUUCUUACAAUCCAUUGUCUAUGAACGGCGAUGACCACUUUUCAUAGGGCCCAUUUACUCGUUUGCCUUGCUAAUAUUAUUAUUUAUAUUGUCCGUUAGUUUGUAAUAAAUCUAAACAUAUUGUUAAUUGUCGAAAAAUUGUGAACGGAGCAAAAUUAAUAUUUACAAAAAAAACGUCAAUAGCUUAUAAACAAAUGUUAAGUCAAUGUGUUUAUAAUUUAACUGAAACGGCCCUGUUCUAUUACAAACGAUAUAUGCACUGUUUGAAAAUUUUUUACUUUGCAAUCUGUUUUUAUUUAUUAUAAACUAACAGCCAUUACAAUUAUCGUUUUAUAUUGAAUGUAAAAGUAAAUAAAAACCGAUUAAAAUUUUAAAUAUGAUUAUCAUAACAAUAUGAUGCAAUGUCAAUAUUGUCUUGCAUAUUCAGGUCAAGUCACUCGACACGCACAAGCAUGCAUAAAUAUUUAUAAGUAUAUGUACCUACAUAGUUCAUUGAGUUUUUAAUUGAUUUUGUGUAUUUGUCUUUAGUUCUGAUAUCCAAAUUUAAUAUAUAUUAAGAAUUAAGUAAUAAUAAAUUUCUAUUCAUAUUUUCAAAACUUUCUAUUUAAUAUUUUUGUUAAAAUUUCAACUAAUUUGUAAAAUACUUAAGUACCUUUCUCCGGGCGCACAAAUUUUCGUAACUGAUGUUUGUAUAAAAUUCAAGAUCCAAUUCAAUGUAUUACGAUACCGUAAAUUUGCAUCUAAUGCAAUAACAAGGCGCAACUUUUUUUAUAUAAACUUUUAUAGUUAUUGUAAUGUUAAAAUAACACUGUUUGAGUAAGACCUGUAUUUUUAAAAGUAUUUUUUUUUAUAAAAAACAAGCAAUAAAAACUUAUUUUUAUAAUUAACAUAGAAUAGGUACAGAAUAAAGGUGACGGUUUCGAAUAAUAGUCCUGUAAUAUAAGAAACAAAACCUAUUAUAUAGUUUGUAGUCAACUGUAUUUUUUAUCUUUCUUAUAUUCAUCAGGUUUAUGUAAAGUUUUAAGAUGAUGUAAACAAACAUACCCAGUAUAUGACAUUGUCUCAAGCACUUGAUGUUAAUAUGUUUGUGUGCAAUGUUUUCUGUGUGUGAUAUUAGAUUUAUUUAAUCAUUAUUACAAUUCAUUGUUGUUUUUUUAUUGUUUUGAUAAAGUAUAAUUUUAUAAUAAAAAAAAUGCUAAACAGCUAACAAGAAAUAUCUACAAAAUUGUCUCGAUUUUUGUUGUACUUAGCUAUCUUUUAUUAAUUUAUUUUACGUAGUAUAUUCUAAAUUAUGCUUAUUGAUCUUUGGAGGCUCUCGCGUAUUUAAAAAAAAUAAUUGUUAUAUUGGACAAUGUAGAUACAUUGAGUGUUUGUUAAUAGAUACUAUGUGCAAGUACCUUGUUUAUUAUUGUUAUGUAUAAACAUUUUUAUUAAAUCCUUUUCAGGCAAA